UCCCAGGGACUGCUACAGCUCUGCUUACAAUGUCACAUUCCUGUUUUCCUCUAGCGCUUACAUCUACGUCAGGUGAUAAGAGACGUACUUUCCGCGUACCUGGCAUGAGUCAUCACUUCAAGAAAACAACCACCACCAGACCAAAGCUUAGUGUUGUCACAAUACAACCCACACUCUACGAAUCCCUAGAUCUAAACUCACGAUCGACAAAAUGCUCGACCCAAACUUCCACAUCACAACCCCACGCCUUUACCUUUCCUACCUCAACCCCUCCAACGACGCGCAUAUGUCCUUCAUGGUGCGCCUAGUAAAUAGUCCCGAAAUCGUUGCCGUAGUCGCUCAAACCCACGCCAAAUCCCCGCCUCCACCGCAAAGCGUUUCCGAGGCCCGCUUAGCCAUGGCAUCCGCCGCAGAGCGCUUAGAAAAGACAGGAAGCGGGCGUUACAUCAUCUCGCUGCGGACCCCAGAUACCGAUUUUACGGAUGAGAGCGGGGACAGGGAGUAUCUGGGCAUUGUGUCCAUGCAGCUUAAACGCUUCCCGGAUAUUGAGUGUCCGAAGAUUCCGGAUAUAGGCUUUUUGCUGUUGUCGGAGUACCAUGGGAAGGGGUAUGCAAGUGAAGCGUGUAAUGCGCUUAUGCAGCAUUUCAAGGAGACGAGGGGACAUGAGAGGUUUGCAGGGUUUACGCAUCCAGAGAACGUGAAUAGUCAGAGGUUAUUUAGGAGACUAGGAUUUGAGGACAGAGGGACGAUGGAUGUAGCGGGUGUCAUAUGGGGCAAUAGCUCAGCCGCGAGGGUGGCCGUUUGGGUGAAAGGUGUGAGUCCAGACACGGACUUGGGCGAUCUUGGGAUUGGGCCGGGAUUGGGCGAGGCAUCGAAUAUGGGUAGUGUAGUCAACAAGCUUGUAGGUUGACCAUCCCCUUAUGAAACUGAGAAAGCCGG